GGAGUUUAGAAAGCAAAUACGUUAAAAAUUCGAUUCUAUAGGAACGCAAUAGCGGUGGGAAAAAUAUAGGUCACGCAAACGUUCCGUCGAAAAAAAAUUCUUCGCAAUGUUCCGGCAAAUGCCAAACGAACUUUCGAACGCAAUCUGCAUUCUGUCUCUGGAGGCGAUUCGUUUUCAUUUGUUGACGUCAAAAGAAAAUUUUGAAAGUUUUAGUACUGGAACAUAAUGAUCAAUCGAAUAUCGUCGAAAGAAAACAUUCCAUGCGGAAAUGACAAACCUCAAGCCGAAGUUCCAGAGAAAAGAUUCAAGUCUGACUCUGGAAACGACGUUCCUCGAACCUUUAAAAAUUUGAAGAAGGAUAAGAUCUAUAAAAGAGGAAAUUUCCUUGGAAAAGGAGGAUUUGCGAGAUGCUAUGAAGCUACGCCAGUUCUGAACGGUCAAGUGUCGGCCCAGACUUUAGCUAUUAAAGUAGUUCGCUUAGAUAGAUUGGCAAAGAAAUUUCAUCGGCAAAAAAUGUAUCAAGAAAUUGAAAUUCAUAGCAAACUAUCCCAUCCAAAUAUUAUUGGUUUUUAUGAGAGUUUCAGUGAUUCUCUUAAUGUCUACAUUGUACUAGAGUUGUGUAAAAGAAGAAGUUUAAUGGAAUUACAAAAAAGAAGGAUAACAGUAACAGAGCCUGAGACUCGCUACUUCUCUUACCAAAUUGCUCAGGGUUUGACCUAUUUGCACGGACAAGGUAUAAUUCACCGAGAUUUAAAAUUGGGUAAUAUUCUUUUAAACGAAAAUUUGGAAGUGAAGAUUGGCGACUUUGGUCUUGCUACUCAUAGUUGUCCUGGUCAAAUGAGAAAGUCUCUUUGCGGAACACCAAAUUAUAUUGCUCCUGAAAUUUUAAAUCGUCAGGGUCAUGACUUUAAAGUUGAUUCGUGGUCCCUUGGUUGUGUUAUUUAUACCCUCCUUUUCGGUAAACCACCGUUCGAGAGAUCGUCUUUAAAGGAAACUUAUGAAAGUAUUCAAGAUCAUAGAUACUCCUUUCCCGAUCGUCCUCAAGUUGGAGGGAAUACUCGACGAUUAAUUAAUCAACUCCUUUUAAUGGAUCCUUUACAAAGACUAGAUAUAAAUGGCGUCCUGUGUCAUACAUUUUAUACUUCAGGCUAUCAUCCCUCUUCUCUUCCCGACUCGUGCCUAACUAUUGAACCAAGGUUCGAUCAAAUCCAGUCUGAAGACGUUAAACUGGCGGGAAAUAUCUAUUCGAAAACGAUUGAUUACCUGUCAGAGUUAUUUGUUUUAUUAAAUAAAGCAAAGAAGAGUCCAGUUCUUGAGGGUACCUGCGAAGAAUUACAAAGUCCUGAAGAUGCUCCAAUAUUUUGGCUGGCAAAAUGGGUUGAUUACACUGACAAGUAUGGAUUUGGGGCAAUGCUUUGUGAUGGAAGUGUCUGUAUUAAAUUUAAUGAUAGCACCAGGUUAAUAACAACUCGGAAUUGCCGAAAUUUGCAAUAUGUAGACGCAAAUAACAAGGAAGAGCUGUACACGAUUAAUAAUUUUCCUCAGAAACUUAAUAAGAAAGUGGUACUAGCAAAAUAUUUUAAACGUUAUAUGGAAUUUAACUUGAAGUCAUCAGGUCCUAGGCGGGAAAACUCUGAAGCUAGUCAAUUGUCAAGAUUACCUUCGGUCAAGAUGUGGUUUCGCACACGGCGAACAACAGUAUUCUACCUUAGCAAUCACACAUUUCAAGCAAAUUUUAAUGAAACACACGAUAAGGUUAUUCUCUGUCCUCUUCUGCAGUCUAUCACUAUAAUAGAUCAAGCAAAUCUCGCAGAAACCUAUAAACUAAGUACAAUCAUUGACAAUGGUUGCUGUACAAGAGUUUUGGAGCUUAUUCGACACUGCGUGCCUCUCUUGGAACAAUUUCUGAAUAUGAAGUCAAGAUCAAUUUUUGGCUUAGAUAACGGCUUGGCUAGAACACCGCCAAUGGGGUGGAUAUCAUGGGAGAGAUUUCGCUGCAAUAUAGACUGUACUGACGAUCCUAACAACUGCAUCAGCGAAAAUCUUUACAUGGAAAUGGCUGAUGUCUUAUCGACUGAAGGAUACAGCAAAGUUGGCUAUGAAUAUGUUAACAUAGACGAUUGCUGGUUGGAGAAAAAACGUGAUGACGACGGUCGACUUGUUGCUGAUCGUAAACGAUUCCCUAGAGGAAUUCGCUUUUUGGCUGAUUAUAUGCAUUCAAGACAAUUAAAGUUAGGUAUAUAUGAGGACUUUGGAGUGAAAACUUGUGCUGGUUAUCCUGGUUCGGAAUACUUCUUGCAAAUGGACGCGCAAACAUUUGCCGAUUGGAAAGUGGAUAUGCUCAAAUUAGACGGUUGCAAUUCUCUACCACAACAGAUGGAUGAUGGCUAUCCUCCAAUUAACUUGUUUCUGAAUAAAACAAAAAGACCAAUUUUAUUAUCGGUCGAAUAUCCUUUCUAUCAGCUAGCUGUUCUAACAAAGCCAAACUAUCCAUUGCUAAUUAGAAAGGCGAAUUUGGCACGAAAUUUCUUUGACAUAGACGACAGCUGGGAUAGUGUCAAAUCAAUUAUAGAUUAUUAUGCUAGUGAUAUUUACAAUGCUUCCAAAUAUGCUCAACCUGGUUUUUUUAAUGACCCUGAUCAGCCAAACUAUAAAAGAAUAGCAAAGUAUUGCAACAUCUGGAGGAAUUAUAAUGAUGUUGCUGAUUCCUGGAGAAGUAUUCUUAGCAUUAUAGAAUUUUAUGGCAAAAACAAGGGAAACUUUUCUCAAAUUGCAAAACCAGGCUCAUUCAAUGAUCCCGAUAUGCUCAUUCUGGGAAAUUUUGGCUUGAGUUAUGAUCAAGAAAGAGUACAAAUGGCUAUGUGGUGUAUAAUGGCAUCACCACUUUUUAUCUCGGCAGAUUUAAGAAAAAUUCGAGCAUCGUCAAAAGAACUACUUCUAAACAAAUAUGCAAUUAGCAUAAAUCAGGAUCCUUUGGGAAUCCAAGGAACUUUAGUAGAAAAGGUUCAAAGUUGUAAAAAGUAUAGAAUCAGAAAUAAAAUGUUGAUUUUCCAGAGAGGAGAUAUUCAAAUCUGGCAAAAGGAACUGCAAACAAAAGGAAGUUUCGCUUUCGUAUACUUAAAAACGGGAGACGAUGGUAUUCCAUCCCGUGUUUCUUUUAAAAUGUCCAAGAUGGGAGCGUUAGAAGACGUGCUUUAUAUGGUUUACGAAGUAUUUGAAAAUAAGUUUAUAGGCCUUUGGAAAGGAAGUGAAAGUUUUGAAGCAGUUGUGAACCCAACUGGUGUAUUUUUCGGGAAAGCAUUUCCUGCUUAA